CUUGCCCUUACGUGCCUCCUCCCAGUGUUUGGGUGCAGUUUGCUUAUCAUGCUUCCUACACAGUUAUUUACUGUUAUAAUUUAAGAAUAAAGACAUUGGUAUUUUCCACGUGUUCUAUGUGACAAUGACGACUUCAGGCAAAUGAAAAUGAGAUCUGGAGAAGUCCUUAUAGACUGCCUGGAGUCCAUUGAAGAUACCAAAGGAAACAAUGGAGACAGAGGUAGGCUGCUCGUGACAAAUUUGAGGAUUAUUUGGCGCUCAUUGUCACUGCCCAGAGUUAAUCUCUCUGUUGGUUACAACUGCAUUAUAAAUAUAACUACAAGAACUGCCAACUCAAAAUUACGGGGACAGACAGAAGCUCUGUAUAUAUUGACUAAAUGUAAUAAUACACGAUUUGAGUUCAUAUUUACCAAUGUUGUUCCUGGGAGUCCCAGACUCUUCACUUCAGUUAUUGCUGUGCACAGAGCUUAUGAAACUUCGAAAAUGUAUCGCGAUCUGAAGCUGAGAAGUGCAUUGAUUCAGAACAAGCAACUGAGGUUAUUGCCUCAAGAACAAAUAUAUGAUAAAAUCAACGGAGUGUGGAAUUUAUCAAGUGACCAGGGAAAUCUGGGAACAUUUUUUAUUACUAAUGUGAGAAUAGUUUGGCAUGCAAAUAUGAAUGACAGCUUUAAUGUCAGCAUACCGUAUCUACAAAUUCGUUCAAUAAAAGUAAGAGACUCAAAGUUUGGCUUGGCUCUUGUGAUAGAGAGUUCUCAGCAGAGUGGAGGAUAUGUACUUGGCUUUAAAAUAGACCCUGUGGAGAAACUACAGGAGGCAGUGAAAGAAAUUAAUUCACUUCACAAAGUUUAUUCAGCUAACCCUAUAUUUGGAGUGGAUUAUGAAAUGGAAGAAAAGCCUCAAUCUCUUGAAGACCUAACAGUGGAGCAGGUUCAGGAUGAUGUGGAAAUAGAACCUGGUGAACAGACGGAUGCUUUUGUGGCUUACUUUGCUGAUGAAAACAAGCAACAUGAUCGGGAGCCUGUGUUUUCAGAAGAACUAGGACUUGCAGUAGAGAAGCUAAAGGAUGGAUUCACACUUCAAGGGCUCUGGGAAGUAAUGACCUAAUUUAGAUGGUUACAUCUUGUUUCCCAUCCAAUGAAAGACUCUUUACUGAUUCAGUGAGAUCUGUGGAUUAUUGAACAAUACAAGAGUGGCAGCAAAAGAUCAUGCCAAAGUUUAAAAAAACAAAAACAAACAGGCAAAUGUUAUAGAAUAUGAACUAAGGAUAUGUCAUAGGAGAAAGAUCAUUCAAAACGCAUGAAGGUAUAAAAGUUACUACAGGAAUGAUGGCUGCCAUUUUAUUUCAGCUACUAUUUUAUGGCUCACAACCACUGCUAUGCUAAAAUGCUGUGCAGUACAUGUUUUAGUUCUGCUUUGUGAUUGCCUGGCUGCUGCUGGCACACCAACACCCCAGGUGGUUCUUAGCAUGUGUCAUGGUUUUAUGAUGAUUUUUUUUUUUUGGUUGAACCAGAGCAGUGAGCCUCUUCCUGUAAAAGCACAGGGUCCAUCCUCUUGUUUCAGCCAUCAGUUUCUAUCAGUUGGCUGCAAUUUUGUGCCCCACAUGGCUACACACUGCCCUGUGACCAGCUGCCAGGAACAGCCCCACCAUGUUGUUUUACCUAGAAGCAUGUCAGAAAAGAAAACCUCUAUCAUUUUGAUAAUGCAGUAAAUAGCAGUUUUAUGCUCAACUUAAAGUAUUCACAUAUUUUUACACAGUGAAGUACUUUCCCAAUAUAAUUGAUUCAAAUUUCCAUAAUUUGUUUCAUUCUGAGCAGCAUGGAUGUACAAAAUGUACAACCCUCUGUAUUUCUGUUGGUUGUGUCACUGAGCCAGUGUUAUGUUACUGACAGCUUUUGGACAAAAAGCAAUAUCAAAUACUAGUUUUCAUGUCUCAUCAUUUAUGAAGUUUUUCACUUAUCAUUCCAGGUACUUUAUUGUAAUCUGGCUAUCUUUCCUCUCUUUUUUUUUUUUUUUGUCAGUGCCCUUUUUUUUUUUUUUUAAGGGACGAUAACGCACGUGCAUAAAUAGAUUCUGUGUCUGAGUCAUUAGACCUUUAUGGUGUUAUGUGUUAGAAAUGAGUCAUUUAUUGUUGAAAGGAAGAUGCAGCUGUUACGUUUUCUAGGGAGAUAAGACCUCUGUAGUAUUUUCUGUAAGUGGAAAAAGUCAAAUGAGCUGUCAUUCAGCUGUUGUUCAGCAGCUGACUGUUAUAGUAAGGCAUAAAAUAUAAUUGUGCUGAUUGUAGUAAAUCUUUCAAGGUAUAUAUUUCAAGGAAACACUACCUGUGGUUGAAAAUAAACCAUGAUUUUAAUAAACUUGAGUGAUGUUGUAA